GCGCUGAUGACCGGCAGACUUGUAUGUCCGCGAGACCCGUCUGAGCGAGAUCAGUUAUCGAGCCGCGCGUGGGCCGUUUUUGUACACCCAAGGAGGUGAAGCUUUUUACUCUCCGUUGAGCGCAAUUUUCCGCGCUUCCCAGGACAUACACACCUGUACGCUCUCGACGGUCUUGUUCCAAGAGACCGGUAGUGGAGAGGAAAAGAGCAAAUAAAAGCCAGCAGAGCAUCAGCGAGAGGAAACAACCGAGGAUGCUGGGACGGGCGCUUUUGGCGUGCGCGCUCCUGGGGCAGGUUCUCGGCGCGCCGACCGACUGCACGGAUUACUGCGGCGAGCAGGGCACCAGCUAUGGCGGCCAGGCCCGUGACUCGUACGGCAAUUCCUACGCCUCCAAGAGCAGCAGCUACGAACACCGGUUGCAGCGCGUGGGUGGCAGGAGCGGCAACAAUCAGCUGCAGACCAGCGGUAGAUUGGAAAACCUCGACGAGAACGCGGUUGUGGGCAGCAGCGGGCUCGGGCUGAACUUGGACCGGCCGGGCAGCUGGCAGGACGAGAAGCACUACGUGACGGACGACGGCAAAGGCCAGAUGAGCUACCGGGCCGGACAGACGGUCACAGGGAACGGGUACUCCAAGUUCGCGGAGCACAGCUACAGCUACGGCACCCACGACUCGCACGCCCGGCUGGCCAACUCGCAGGUCCUGACCACCGCCGAGUUCAACCGGGAACUCGCGAGCAUGCGCAACCGCAUAGCCAGCUUCAUGGGUAGCUUCCACGUGGACGCGGGCUCGGUGGUCAACGCCAAUCAGAUUGCCGAUUUCCGGGACAGGGCAGGUGCCAUCAGCAACCAGCUGAACGACGUUUGCAACCAGGUAGACGCGGGUAGCUCCAUGUACCAGCAGAUACGCGAGAUGCAACAGCAAUUUGAUCAGGACAUCGACAGGAUGCAGAAACAGAUGGAGCGACAGCUCGAGUACCAUUCGUCGAGCAGUAGCCAGGUGUACGGCAGCUUUAAAUCGUACCCGAGCGCCGGCAGUAGCACCAGCAGGCCCGUCGCUGGUAGUAGCUACUCCCAACCCAUACAACAGCAGCAGCCGGUCAUAAGCGAGGAGAGCAUCGUGAAGCAGCGCCUGGUCGAGGAUGAGAUCGCCAAGAUCCAGAGCCAGGUGUCGAGCUUUUACACGAACUUUGGGCGCGUCGACACUAACGCCCAGUACAAGGUCGACCUUGGCAACCAGGCCGACGUGAUAAGCCGGGAACUCGCGAACCUGAAGCUCCAGGCCCUCCAGAGCGAGCACCAGCGCGCCCGUGUCGACAACCUGAGGAGCCACUUCGAGAACUACUUGUCGGAAAUUCGCGAUCGCAUCCACAAGCUCGAGGACAGGCAGCGCGAGGAGGCGGCCCGCCAGCUGGAGAUCCGCAUACAAGAGGAGAAGAACCACUACGAGGAGAACUUGAGGAACCUCAAGCUCGAGAAGCAGCGUAUCGAGAAGGAAGCCGAGGCGGAGCGGGCGCGUCGCGAGGAGGAGCUCUUCCGGGCCCAGGAGGAGGAGGCCGCGCGCAAGGAAGCCGAGGCAGCGGCGGCCAGGCUACGCCAGCAGCAGCAGCAACAGCAGGAGGAAGAGCGUAGAGCGCGGCUCGAGGUCGAGGAGGUGCAGAAAACGGUGCCUCAGUCCGACAGCGUGCAGGGAAUCGGGGCUGGCGUUGCCGGCAAGGUCGAGGUCACCGGUAGCUCCAGCUACGAGCACACAAUCAACACUUGGAGCAACACGGGCGGCAGGCACUCCAGUGGCUCCUUCCAGAGCAGCAUCGGCGGUGGCCAGAGCAAACCGAUACACCAGCAGCAGCACCACCAGCUGAACGCCCACGUCGACCUUACCGCGGCGACGAGUCGGCUCCAGCAGGAGCUCCACAGGAUCCAGAACGAGAUCAACAACUUCAACACGCACUCCAUGCGGCUGACGGCGGCCAACAGCCAGAGCGUGAUUGGCGAGGCCGAACGCCAGGCCGAGUCGUUGCGCCAGAGCAUAAGCAAUCUCUGCGAGACGAGCAGCAGGUACCAGAACCAGAACAUCCAGUCAAGCGCCGAGGAGUUGUCCCAGCGCUUCGAGGACAUGGUGCGGUCGCUCGAGCGACAGGCGGCCAACUACCUGGCCAACCCAUCCUCGGCCGCGUCGGGCUUCUCCGCCUCGGCCGGCUACACCUCCAGCUCGUCUUACGGCAGCAACGGGGCAUACUCGGCCGUCCAGGCGCCGACCAUCACCAACGUCGAGUACGAGCACUCAAAGUCAGCCGAGGUCGAGGUCAGCAGGCGACCUCUUUCUUCCGCGUCGUCGCAGAGGUACGCGCAGUCCUCGGGACAACGGAGGGCAGAUUGCGUCGAGCACUACGCCGGGCAGCCGUGCGUCGAGACGAGGCCGCAGCAGCAGCAGCGAAGAUACCGGAGACAAGCCGAAGCCAAAGACUUGUACGACCCGGACUUUGACUGGACUCAGCAGCAGCAACAGCAACAACAACCGAUCUUCGACGCCAAUUACCAGCGUAGCAGGAACGACAACCAAAAGCCCUUUCCUGCACCAGAGGAAGAGCCCAAACUGUCCGUAGGCCCGAAACUCGGGGUCUUAUCCUUUGGCCCAAAGUCCCGCAACUCGGAAACGGAGAGGCAGAUAGAAAAUCUCGCUGCGCGCAUCGCAAGCUACGGCCAAUCCGAUCGUCCCCAACGUCCCGUCCACAGAGAUCGGCAGCAGGACGACCUCGCGCAGCGACACGUUGAUACUAACGAGUAUAGGAGGCCACAGUCUCAAGAGUCAACGAUGGACCACGAGAGGCAGCGACAGUCCAGACCAUCGUUCUACAGUGGCUUCAACGGCGACCAGUCACGUGGGAACGACAAGAGAGACGAGGAGUCUUUAGAGCACGAGGAGGACGAGUCCGACGAGGAAUUUGAGGAGCAAACGGGCGCAUCUCACGAUCGGAACGGAAGCGAAUCGCCUGUAACGUCGGAGAAACCAAAGAACGAGGAGCACGCUCUGGGUAGCGGUGGAUUCUAUGACAGCCCCAGCUACGUGAGAUCGGAGUCGUACAAUAGAAACGUUCAAUCCCUGGGAGGGAACUCGGGUGACGGUAGUCUUUGGACUGCAGGACAGCAGGGUGGUUCCAAAACUGAAACUCUGGACCGGGAUUCGGUUCAGCAAACAGCCGGUCGGGUGAACUUUGGAUCGGACAGUCAGCUGGGGAGGCGUUUCUCUUUGCAGAACACUUUUGGGCCACAGGAAACUAACGCUACCCAUGAGGCUCUGUUGCUGAGUACGUCAGACAAGCGCAAGGAGGGAGGCGAUCGGGCAGUCGAGACGGGUCCUCCGCAAUCACUCGAGCAGCCGUCUCAUGACGUUUUGGAAAUCUUUUAUGACGUUCCGAGCGCUGACAGUGCCAAUACCAAAACGGAAAAUGCACGACGCGAAGAGGCGAUUGAUGCUCGUCCGACAUUAAAGGGAAAAGCUGAUCAAGGCAAUGGAAAUGGUAGCCAAGAGAAGCCUUCUGGACCUCACAGAGGGGAUUUGCCAGGGCAUUCCGAACCAUCUAUUUCACUGGUUGUAGAAAAGAGUCCACCAGUUGUCAUGGAAAAACCUCUUACCACUGAAAACCCGGUAUUCGUUACUCCAAAGCCUCUGUCAACUAUUGUCCCAGAGCCAAUAAUUCCAAUAGUAAAUGAGAAAGCAAAGAUUAAUAAGGAUGACUGUAAUCAUCAGAUGCCUGUUGUUAGUUACAACUUCAAAUUGAGCCAUGAGAAAUCUAUAGUCAAUCUGAAUGGUAAUGAUCGUUUAUCUGAUGUGCAAAAUUCAAACAACCAAUGGCAACAGAAGACAAGUGACCUCGAUGGACUCGGACAGUCUAGUCAAGCGUUUUUCAAUCAUCAAAAAUACCAUCACAACUAUUACUACAAUCAGUUUAACAAUAAAUACAAGUUUGAUGACCAACAACAAGUUCAACAAAUCUGGAAUCCAAUGAGAACGCUUGAAUUGAGUAACCCAAUGAGACCUGCAGCUGAAUUCAGUGCUCAAAACAAAUCUACUGAAUUAAGCCACCUUCAAGAGUCAUUUAACAAGUUUCAUGGGUAUCAACGUGAAUUUAAAGUAGAAAAGACAGGACAAAACGUGCAGCCAAUACCAUAUGAAGAAAGUGCGCAAUUUUUAUCUGGUAGACAAAGCAAUUAUAGGCAAGAAAUACAGGAACCCACGUUUUUGCCAUCCAGUCAAUGGCAUGACUCAUUGUCACUAGAAAAUAGUGGCCAAAAUUCAAACAGUAGUUUAAUAAUGGUAGAUAAUCUACCACCAAUAAAGCCAUGGAUCGAGACAGAGCCAACGUCCACUCAACGUACGUUUUGGAAAAGAGUGGGUCAUAAGUUAUCAUACUCGUACAACAAGGCCAAAGAGAGGGCAAGGACUAUCUUUGGCUGAGAUAAGAAGCUACAAUACAAGCAAACAGACAAGAUUUGCUCAUCACUUUUAAUCUUACGCGUCAGUUCGAGAUGCAUAAUUAAUUUCAUUUGGUUUCGAAACAUGCAUAACAUACAUUGAUACAUCUUUAUCAGAAUGUUGAAAGCAUGCAAUGGCCUGAUUCAACUGUAGUUGUAAGUUUUUUGUUGGGAUACCUCAAUUUAUCUUGAUGACAACUCAACACAAAGCUCAUUUAAUGUACAGCGAUCAAUGAAUUAUUGUUGUCAUGUACAAAAAAUGUAAGAUUGUAAUGAUUAACUAGUAAGAAGUAUUUCGCAAUAAAAGGCACGUGACAACAGAA